AUGGAGAGGAUCGGUGGUGUCUCUAUGACAGAAUAUUUGCAGCAAUCGAAUGACUCGCUCAUCACAAUCGUUCAGAUCGAGACAAAGGAGGCUUUGGAGAAUACGGAAGCGAUCGCCGAAGUACCUGGUAUCGAUUGUCUCUUUGUUGGACCCUUCGACUUGGGUAACAACAUCGGGCAUCCGAUACAAGACGGUGCAAUGCACGAUGAUCUGAAGGAAGCCGUGGCGAAGGUGCAGCGAAUAGCGAAAGAAGCGGGCAAGAGCAGCGGUAUCUAUGCAACAUCGGGCGAGCAAGCCCGGGAAUUCGCUGAUCAAGGGUUCAAUAUGAUCUCAACAAUCGCGGACAUGGUAGCCCUGCCCUCAGCACUGACCUCUACCCUGUCAGCAGCAAAGGGAUCCUACGCCCAUUCAGCGCUCAACAUUGGUAAAGGGGCCGCGGCCGGUGCUGCGCGCAAACAUGACGAGGGGGUAGAUUUGCGACUCAGGGAUUUCCCCCAAUAUCAUCCAGUAGCUUCUCUACUUGCGAUUGAUCGAAACGAUGAAAGAGCUUAG